AUGUACCAUGAAUGGGAAGAUUCAAUAUUACUUGAUCCAAAAGGUCCAUACAAUAAAGAUUUACCAAAGUAUAAAAGAGCUGAAGCGCCUUUAGCUUGUGAAUUUAAACAAUUAUCCAAACUGGAACAAGAUGUUAUAAUGAAUCCGUACGCGGCAAUAAUAGCAUCACCUAUAAGGCGUUGUUUCUAUCAUGAACGAUGGUUUCCAAAUGCAUAUGACGAGAAAACGAAGUCCACGUGGUUAGUCCCCGAUUUUGAGGAAUACGGAGGUAUUAAACGACCUGGUAAAGGAAGAUGGUUGAAACUUAAUUCUACUGUUACACAAAAAGCCACGAAAGAAGGGAAAUACAAAUAUAUAGACCCUCAUGCAUUCUGGAGACCAGAUAUGCAUGAACAUAUUUGGAAUAUUUUAGUUAUGCGAGCUACUGAUAGGUUACAAAGGUUUUUUAAUUCUGUGGCUACAAAAUCGUUUCCUGCCAAACGUGAUCAAGUUUUAUUACGUGUUCUUGAUGAUACCUCGCCUAAAUUAAUCAUGAAUAACGAUAAUGACUCAAUUCCUUUUUCAUGUAAGAUUAAAAAUGUGAGUUUAAAUGAUAAAGAUAAUGAGGAUGGAAAUCGAAAGUUUUAUAUAGAUAAUGAAAAUGCUAUAGAUGGAUUACAGUGUGUGUUCAUUCUUGAUCAUUUGAAACAUGAUAUUUUGUAUGAUAAUAAUGAAAAAAAAAGGAAUAAGAAUAAUGAAAAAAACUUAUCAACACCAUCUGAGGAGAAAAUAAAUUCGCAAAUAAAACAGAAGCAACAAUCUCAAGUAACAUUUUCACAAAUACCGUUAAAACCAUUUGGGACAAUAUAUCCUGUAACUUUUCUUGGAAAAAACAACAAAAUGUGUACGCAAAACGUACCAUUUUAUAAUGUACGAUGUAUUUGGGGUACCAGAGGUGUUGGAAGAUUUAAAGGAUUUUUGAAAAUUCCCAAAUAUGAAAAUCCAAUGUUGGGAAUGAUAACUCACAGGCACACUAAACAGUUUGCUAUCUCUUUGUGGAAGUUAAGAGGAUUUGUUUUAUAG